CAAGGAGAAGUGCAGUGUUUUGACAGAUGGUCGAUCAAAAUAAACUGCGAUGUGCGAAUCUUGACGAAUUUUUAAAACAUUUUAGAAUUAAUUAAGUAAAGUGAUUAUUUUUAAAAGUAUUAAUUAAAUAGUUAAUAAAACGAUGGCUUCUGUUAAAGUUGCCGUGCGGGUGCGCCCCUUCAAUCAGAGGGAGGUUGACAUGGAGGCAAAACUUAUUAUUCAAAUGAAUGGAAAAAAAACAGGAAUUUUAAACUGCAAGGCAAACACAAGGGAUGAAAGUAUACGUUAUAAAGAAUUCACUUUCGAUCAUUCCUAUUGGUCCCAUGACGAAGCUUCCGUAAAUUUCUCAUCCCAAGAACAAGUUUAUAAAGAUUUAGGAACAGAAGUAGUAGAUUGCGCCUUUGAAGGUUACAACGCGUGCGUUUUUGCUUAUGGUCAAACAGGAAGUGGUAAAACUUACACAAUGAUGGGUUCCCCAGAUAAUCAAGGGUUAAUUCCAAGGAUUUGUAAAGCACUGUUUGAACGAAUGGCUGAAGAUUCAAAACGAGGGACUACACAUAGAGUCCAAGUCAGUUAUUUAGAGAUUUAUCAGGAAAGAGUUGCUGAUUUGCUUAGAGGGAGAGAAGGGGCUUCAUUAAAAGUAAGGGAACAUCCAAAAAGGGGACCUUAUGUUCAAGGAUUAACAACAUGUUUGGUUACAAAUUAUGGACAUAUACAAGAAUGCAUGAAUAGAGGAAACGCUCAUCGAACUACAGCAGCCACAAACAUGAACGAUGUGAGUAGUCGUAGCCACGCAAUAUUCACCAUUACAUUCGUCCAAGCGGGUUACUGUGAUGGAGUCCCAAGUGAAACCGUAUCUAAGAUACAUUUAGUGGAUUUGGCUGGUAGCGAACGGGCUGACACAACAGGAGCAACUGGUCAAAGAUUAAAAGAGGGGGCUCAUAUCAAUAAAUCUUUAGUUACUUUAGGAUCGGUUAUAUCAGCUUUAGCAGAAUUAUCACUUGACACAAACGGCCAUAAAAAAUCUUGUUUUAUCCCGUAUCGGGAUUCGGUUUUAACGUGGUUAUUAAAGGACAGUUUGGGUGGAAAUUCCAAAACUAUUAUGAUAGCAGCAAUAAGUCCUGCCGAUUGCAACUAUGGAGAAACGUUAAGUACGUUACGAUACGCUAAUAGAGCCAAGAAUAUAAUUAAUAAACCAACGGUUAACGAAGAUCCCAAUGUUAAAUUAAUUAGAGAGUUGAGAGAUGAAAUUUCAAAAUUGAAAGCUUUGAUGUUUAACGAACACAGAUCUGAUGAUAUGUUAGCACAGUUACAAGAGAAAGAAGCUAGGGAAAAAGAAUUAACGGAGGAGUGGGCAGGAAAAUGGCGAGAAGCUCAGGCUAUUUUAAGAGAACAACGAGCGUUAGGACUUCGCAAAGCUGGACCUGGAGUUGUUCUUGAUUCAGAUAGGCCUCAUCUUGUUGCAAUUGAUGAUGAUCCCUUAAGUACUGGAGUUACGUUAUAUCAUUUAAAAGAGGGAAUAACUACUAUUGGAACUGAAGAUUCUGAUGAAAAACAAGACAUUGCUCUUCGCGGAUCUGGAAUGGAACCAAAACAUUGUACAAUUACAUUCGACAAUGGUGUAGCAAUUUUAAACCCAAUUCCAGGGGCUCAAGUUUGGUUAAACAAUAUUUUAAUUGAAACUCCAGCUAGGUUGUCGCAAGGAUGUAUUAUUUUUCUUGGAAGGGCUCACGUUUUUCGUUUUAAUGAUCCAGCUGAAGCUGCUGAAUUAAGGAAAGGAGAGCGAACUAUAAACUUGGCAAGAUUAAGUUUACUAAGUUGGUCAACUCCUGAUUUAGCAACAUCAAUUGAUAAUUUACCACCAUUGGACGAUGAUCGUUACGACAUUGAAUCUCAAAGAAUAAACCUUGAGAAAGAAAAAGAAAUCUUGGAAAAAGAACAAGAGGAGUUUGAAAGACGGAGAAAAAGCUUGGAAGAAGCCCAGGCGAAAUUAGAAGCUGAAAAGCGUGACAUGGAAAGAGAACACGCUGCUCAAGCGAGACAAUUACAGGAAAAUUGGCGGAAUUUAACCGCACAACAAAAACAGAGAGAGCAAGAACUUCAACAGAAAGAGAGAGAGUUGAUUUUGCAAAGAGAAGAAUUGGAAAGGGAGAGGAAAAGAAUUAUGGGGGAGAUUCAGGAAGAUUAUAUCCAUCUGAAAGACCUCAAAAACCAAUUAUCCUGUAGAUUAAGAAAUUGUUUGCAAUUUAUCGGAGCCAAUCUGAACGAUUUUGCAUUUCCCAAUCCAAAUCAUAAAAAUUUAUUAAAGGAUUUAAUUCAUAAAUCUGAAACUAACUCAUUAUCAGAUACUGAAUCUGAUUAUUUAAUUGACUUAUUAAAUGGAGUGAAAGGACACGCGGUUAUACAAGAUUUAGUUACUCAACAUAGAAAAGAAUUAGCUGAAUUACAAGCGGAAUUAGAACGACGGGUACAAACAUUGGCUGAAAGACGACUAGCAGUUGAAAAAUUAGAUAAACGUCUUGUAGAUUUAGUUGAUGAACAAAUGGAACUUGGAGUUCCUUCACAUAACGAAGAUUUGCAGACUUUAAAGGAAUCUUUAGCUUGUAGAACUGAACAACAAUUACAUGAACUUGACCAAAGAAAACAAUCAUUAACGUUAAAUUUAAAGAAAAUUAAUUCCGUUCAAUGUCCAAAUAGUGUUGGAACUGCUUCGUUAAGUAGCGAUACUUAUCAUACGGCAGCCAGUAGUUGUUCAACUCAUCUAACAGCCGAUCCAGUUAUGGAACAUUUUAUGAGCGAUAGCGGAGUAGAGUUAAGAACGAAUAAUGUUCAUGAUGAAAGUGAUAUGUCCAGUACAGAGAGCCAAGAGUGUAAAUAUGUAGGCAGUGAUUCGCAAUCGUCUAGUUCUGUAGAGAACAAAUCGCCGGUGACGCGAAAACGAAGACGCGACAGCGAAGCUUUAAGAGGAUUGGCUCAGAGGGUCGCACAGCAAAAGCACCUAAUUAUGAAAAGCUUGGACUCGCGCUGUCCAAAAGCUCAAAUUGAUAAUCAAAUUGCUACUUUACAGGAUUUACAAAAGCAAUACAUGUCUUUAAAAAUUGGUCCUUCGUCUUCCAUUCUUUCGCCAGCCGCCGAACAUCCUUUACAAGAUUUACAUGAUAGUCCUAGUCCGAUAAGGCCUUUACAUACUGGUUCAACAUCAGCACUUUAUAGUCCGCCUAUUCCAUUACAUGGCAGGCACUUAUCAGCUUAUUGCAACAUUUAUCACUCAAUGCCUUCAAUAAUAACGGAUUCUGAUGUGGAUGCAAUUGUAACAAUAACAAGUUAUUGUGUUCGUGGAGCUGGUUCAAAAACUCAUUACGAAUAUGAAGUGAGAAUAACAACCGCUGACGAUCGGUGGUCAAUAUUAAGGCGUUACAGUCGAUUUAGAGAUCUUCACUUAGCUAUGAAGUCGCGAUACGGCGAGAGAGUAUCUCAAAUUCCAUUUCCAUCAAGGCAAUUAUUUUCUAAUUUGGAAACGGUGGCGCAAUCCAGAAAAAAACAACUCCAACUAUAUUUAAGAAGAUUAAUUGAAGUUUGUAAAAAUCAUCCGACAUGUCCGCUGGCGUAUGGAGGACCAAUAACAAGGGAAACUUUAGUAAAUUUCUCCCCUUUUUUUCAAAAAGGGAUUUUUGAAAACGGAAAGUACGGAACGAGUUAGUCUAUUUUUAAUUUUUUUUUGUAUAGGAUUGUUACAUUUAUUGUUGUUAAUUAGUGAUAAUUAAUGAAGGAGGUUGGUUGAAAUUUUUGGAUGGUGGUUGGAAAAAAAAGCAUUAAUCUGAUUUAGUUUAAUAAUAAUAAACUCUAAUUUAGUAUAAUUAUUUAUUUUGAUAAUGAAAAAUUUGGAAAUUUUUGUUUUCUCUUCGCUUAAAAAAUGACCAACUUAAUGAAAAAAAAAAAGUUACCUGAUGAUUUUAAUUUUUUAAUGCAUCACAUUUUGUUACAAAAAAAAGAAAGAAAUUAAUUGAUCUCUUAAAACCAACAAAUCUACUUAACCCAGUUACUACCUAAUCUACUAAGGCUUAAAUACUUCUUUAAAUAAAAAAGAUAAUAAUAAAAGUUGAUAUAUGUAAGUACGUAAAUUGAUGCAAGUAACUUUUAAAAGUGUGUGUAUUUAUAUUCGGUGUAUUUUUAUAUUUAAAAUGAAAGCCCGAAUGGAAUCAAAAUUAUUGUUACCAUUGUGAUAACUGUAUCAAUUAAUUUUAGAAUAGAUGGAAGAAUUGUUACUUGUGAUAGCAUGGCCUCAAAGUCGUGUGUGAUAUUUAAAAGAAAUGAUUAAAAAAACGCUAAUAAUUUC